GACUGACGCGACAACAAAGACAACAAGCCUUUCCCCUCGACCUGACAACAUCCGUUGGCCGUCGCGUUUUUUCCCCCGACCAACCCCUCCUGCAUUAGCCACGCCAAAAAUAAGACGCGCCCCCCAUCAUGCCUUCGUCCAAGGGAAAGCCCACCGACCCCAAACUCCGCGAGAAGGUCAAGGAGGAGAUCAAGAACGAGACGAACAAGGACGGCAGCGGCAAGGGGCAAUGGUCCGCCUGGAAGGCUUCCAAGCUGUCCAAGGAGUACGAGAAGCAGGGCGGCGAGUACGAGAACGAGGCGGGCUCGAAAAACGAGCCGACCAAGGGGACGCCGGAGAAGAAGUCUGAGGGGAAGAAGCAGAGGGAGGUGAAGAAGGGCGGGAAGAAGGAUACCAAGAAAGAGGAGGAAAAGCAGGAGCAGGAGCAGGCGAAGGAGGAGAACGAGAAGGACGAGAGCAAGGAGGAGGAAGCAAAGGAAGAGCAAGAAGGCCAACAGCAAGAGGAGGAAGAGGAAAAGAAGCCCAAGGCCAACACGGGGAAGAAGGCCACUGGCAGAGGCACAAAGACUGAAGGAAAGGGAACGGAGCCCGCCAAAAAGUCACAGAAAGCCGCGACGAAGAAGGCAGAGAAGCCGCGACAGGAAGGCACGCGCAAGAGCUCGCGCAUCAGUGCGGGAGAGAAACGGUACGCCGAGGACCAGGACGACGAUGAUAUCGAGCCCAAAAAGGCCAAGAAGACGGGACGGGCCUCGAAGAAAUGAGAAAUGUCACAUGGGGUAGUUCCGGAUUGGGAAACGCAGGAACGACGACACGGAUUCGGGGGAACGUCGGGAG